UUGAAGUGCGGAGGUCGCAGCAGCAGCAGCAGCAGCAGCAGCAGCAGCCGGGCGGGCGGCUGGUCCAUGGUGGUCGUCAGGGAGGAGGCCGCGGGCAGCAGGGCGACGGCAUGAGCUCGGGGGACCCGUGAGCUGUGGAGGAAGCUGCGGGUGUCGUGCUCCCAAGGAAGGACACGGUGGACAUGGACGCGAGGAUCCUGCUCUUCGUUGCAGUGAACUUUGCCUACUUAACUGUAAAUGGAAACUUGAUCUCUGGGGGCAGGACAUUUUCUAUAGACUACAAAAACAACUGUUUCCUUAAAGAUGGACAGCCUUUUCAAUACAUAUCAGGCAGCAUCCACUACUCCAGAAUACCCCGGUACUACUGGAAGGAUCGUCUCUUCAAGAUGUUCAUGGCCGGCCUCAAUGCAGUCCAAAUAUACGUGCCCUGGAAUUUCCACGAGUCGGUACAAGGGGUGAGUAACUUCUCAGGGGACCGUGAUGUGGAGCACUUCCUGGAUCUAGCCAAUCAGACUGGCCUUCUGGUAAUCUUGCGUCCAGGACCUUAUAUCUGUGCAGAAUGGGAAAUGGGUGGAUUACCAGCUUGGCUGCUCGAGAAACCCAACAUCAUACUCCGCUCUGCUGACCCAGAUUACUUGCAGGCAGUAAGCAACUGGCUGGCUGUUCUCCUCCCAAAAGUGAAGCCAUGGCUCUAUACGAACGGCGGUAACAUCAUAGGUGUCCAGGUUGAGAAUGAGUAUGGAAGUUACUUUGCUUGUGACUACAACUACAUGCGGCACCUGCGGACUCUGUUCCGUUUCUUCCUGGGUGAAGACACGGUCCUGUUCACCACCGAUGGAAACACAGACAAGGAAAUGACAUGUGGGACUCUGGAAGGAAUAUACGCCACUGUAGAUUUUGGCACAGACACAAAUAUAACACAAGCCUUCAGCCUUCAAAGGAGAUUUGAACCACGGGGCCCUCUGGUAAACUCGGAGUUCUACACCGGCUGGCUGGAUCACUGGGGAGACCAGCAUGCUGUGGUUGAAACUCAGAAGGUCAGCCGCAUGCUGAGCGAAAUGCUGUCCAUGGGGGCCAACGUCAACAUGUAUAUGUUUGAAGGAGGGACUAACUUUGGUUACUGGAAUGGUGCGGAUCAUGACACCAGAUAUCGCUCAGUGGUGACUAGUUAUGACUACAACGCCCCGCUGUCUGAGGCAGGAGAUCCCACAGAGAAGCUGCUGGCCCUCAGAGAAGUCAUUAAACUGUUCAGAGAAGUUCCCUCCGGUCCCAUGCCACCUGCAACUCCGAAGUUUGCUUAUGGGUUUGUGACUCUGAAAAAGGUUGGAAACAUCAGCAGUCUGUUGAACACUCUCUCGCCCCAGGGCCCUGUCCAUUCCCAGUACCCUCUGACAUUUGAAGAGAUGAAGCAGUACUAUGGGUAUAUGCUGUAUAGGACCAAACUGCCCAGGGACCUCUCAGAGCCCACGCCACUCAUCUCACCACUGAAUGGGGUUCAUGACCGCGCAUAUGUGUCCACCAACGGGGUGUUUCUGGGCCGGCUGGAGAGAGACACCAUACUAGUGAUAAACGUCACCGGCCAGCAGGGAGACAUCCUGGACAUUCUCGUGGAGAACAUGGGCAGGGUCAACUUUGGCAGCAAGAUCAAUGAUUACAAGGGCCUCUUGAGCAACCUGAUCCUGGGUAAAGAUGUGUUGACGGACUGGGAGAUCUACCCUCUGGACAUUGAUGGAGUCAUAGAGCAUGGAUGGCCUCAUUCAGACCAUCAGAAUUCCCCCCCUGGUCCUCAGACAGAGCCCUCCGCUGGGCCGGCCUUCUACAUGGGGACCCUACAGCCCAAUGGUCUCACAUGGGAUACUUUCCUAAAGCUCAGAGAAUGGACCAAGGGUCAAGUGUGGAUAAAUGGUGUGAAUCUGGGCCGGUACUGGCCAGCCAGGGGCCCUCAACAGACUCUAUACGUCCCGGGACUUCUGUUCAGCACCACCCAGCCCAAUAACAUCACAGUGCUAGAGCUGGAGAGGGCCCCGUCAAACUUGCACAUUUUAUUCAUGGAUCGGCCCCAGCUCAGCAACACAGAAACAUGGUCUUGAAAAGCACCUUGUAUCUUAAUCGGCAUCAGAUGAAAUGGCAUCUUUCAGAAAUGACAGACAUUCAGUUAUCAGCAGUUUACACAGCAGAGUCCAUAGCAACCCUACUGAAGAUGAGUUCUGACUGAAGGCAAAGAGUCAGCCAAAUCCAGCUGAAGAACGAGCCAAUUGCUCAGGGUAACAAACGCUUGAUCCAGCACAACUUUUGCUGCAUCCGUGUUAUUUGGCAUUCGGAGUUUUUUUGACAAUCAGUGUUUGGUUAGUAGCUGUUUUAGUCAACAUGUUUUGUUGUGUAAAAAAGCAGCAGUUUGGCUUUCAAGACUUACAUAGGAGCUUGCAAAAUAACUGACAAGUUUAACAGGAAUUGUUGACUUGAUUUUUUUAUUACAUCUGAUUUAUUUGCUUUGUUUUAAAAUGGUGCUUUGUUACCCAGAAUCACAUAAAAAGAAGCUCAUUUCAAGUGUCUGCCCUUGAUGCUGACUAAAACAAUUAAAUCUUUUUGACUGAAAUGGAGAUCAGUAUUUUAGCAAGCCGCGGAGCCACAACGACGCUUUUAGUCGC